AUGAGGAAAUUCGUCAAGUUCCUCGGCGGGGAGAAGGGAAACGCUGGAACUUAUCAUAGCGUCUGGUCCCUUCCAGCCCCGGAAUCAGGCUCAAGAGCAGUCGUCACGAACACAAAGGAGUCUCGUCAAAAGCUGUCUACGAAAAAGCCGCAAGCACCCCAGCAUAUCUCGAGUCUUAACCAACCGUCGUUGGCAGAGCUCAGCAGUCCGACGACGUCCACAUUCUCAGCGCGUACGGAAGCAACAUCCAUUGCGGAACUUUCAGCGUCGUCGGACGCUCAGGUUUCGGAGCUGCAUGCGUGGACUCCGGAUGCUCAUCCUCUGCAGGUCAAUUCUCCGAGGAAGGAGAUUGAGUGGAACGAAGAAGAACAACCGCAGCCCAAUUACACUCGGGUGUUCGUCGAUGAGGAUGAUGAAAUCGCCAACCCUAUUUCUACGCCCACGCUUCCUCCAGCCUCAACGCCUCCACCAAUAUCCACGCCCAAGCCAAAGCCUGAUCCAGCCUCGGACCUCCUCAUAUUUUCUGACACAACUGAUGCGAUUCCUCUAUUCGGCCGGCAGUUCGGUAUAGCUCCGACAUCAAUAGUGCGUGAGCAGGACAAAGCGCCGGAGGCGGAGCCAGAGCCAGAACAACCAGAGCCAACACCUCCAGGCCCAAAGGGUCCGCAGGCGCUCUUCCAACAAGUUGAUGAAGAGUUGGAAGCACUGUAUGUCGGCUAUCUUAAGAAAUCUGGUAAACAGAAGUCUUCUUCGGACCCCGCGAAGAAAGUGAAACGAUGGCGGUCCAAAUUGGAGCAUGCACCAGAGGCAUGCAUUAUCUGUCUUGAGCCAUUUGGACCGGAUGGGGUCAAGGCACCGGAUACGCUAUCCGUCGCCUGCCAGCACACACCGUCGGUUUGUUAUAUUUGUCUAGCGAGGAGCAUCAAGCACGAUCUUGAGGCCAAGUUCUGGAACGAAAUCAAGUGUCCAGAAUGCAAGACGCUGUUUAUCCACGAGGAUAUUAAACGGUUUGCAGACGAGGAGACCUUUAUUCGGUAUGACAAAUUCUCCUUUCGGGCUGCGGUCUCCGUCGACAAAAAUUUCGUUUGGUGCCUCGACUGCCCUUUCGGCCAACUCCACGAACCAGGCGCCGACCAGCCGCUCGUGCGUUGUCUCAAUUGCAACUCAGAAUCCUGCUUCAAGCACUCCAUCAAAUGGCACGAUGAGUUCACAUGUGACGAGUAUGAUGCUGUUCUCUGGGAUCCGGAUAGUUAUAAAUCUAUCAAGGAGAAGAAUGCCGGCCUCGCCCCGGUGGAGCGAGAGUAUAUGAAACGGAAGGAACUUAGCCGCGCAAAGAGAAAGGAGACUGCACGACAAGCGAAGCUGCACGAAACACAGAAGAAAGCGGCGCGCAAGAAGCAACACGAAGAGGCCUCCCGGUUGCGAAAGGAGAGGAAGGCCGCUGAGGCCGAAGCAGCGCGGGCACAGAGCCAGCCGGAAGAUGAAGACGAUGGACAGGAUACAAGCGAAGAUGCUGUACAGGAUGACUUCAGGGAGAAGAUCGAAAUGUUGAAGAGGCGGAUGCGGGAGGUUGAAUUGUCGGUGAACUUGGUCGAGGAGAUCGCAAAGCGUUGUCCGGGUUGUCAAUGGCCAAUCGAGAAGAACGAGGGAUGUGACCAUAUGACCUGUAAGCCCACCUUUCUUACGUUCCUCCUUCCUUGCCUUUACCUGAUCUUUGAUCUGUUCAUGGCCACGUACCGGCUGGUUGACCGAUACAGGCAUCAAAUGCAGAAAGGAGUUUUGCUGGGUCUGCCUUGGCCCUUGGUCCUCACAUACUGGCCGGUGUCGGCCCCAGCCAUAGGCAGCUCAUAG